AUGGCCACCACAGAGCCCUCUCACGGCGACGCGCCGUACUUGCGCCAGGCGACGAAGCCGCGGCUGGCGGGCAACACGACGUCGUACAGGGAGCUGCUGGCGAGCGGCGACGCGAACCUCAUGGCGGCGCUCGAGCUGUUCGACAGGGACGGCGACGGCAAGAUCGACACGUCGGAGCUGAUUCAGGCGCACCAGGCCUAUGAGCGCGUGCGGGCAGAGAAGGCGUUGAUCCGCAAGGUCCUGAUCGCGGCGGUGGUUUUGUGCCUGUUCCUGGUCGGCGCGACGGUGGGCCUGACGGCGGUGCUGAUCGUCGUGACGAAGGAGUCCAAGGUGGACUCGAGCGGGCUGCUGCUCUCCGCCGACGGGUCCGACACACCCGUGCGCACGGCGAACCGCCGCGGAACCGUGAGCGUGGUGAGCUCUCUCGAGGCCAGCGCCUCGCGGCGGGCCCUGCAGGGCGCCCCCCCGCAGGUGGCCGAGGCGAGCUGCGCUCAAGCGUCGACAUGGUUCCAGAACAUCGCCAAGGAAGGCUUCGACGCGGACAUCAAGAUCGUCAUGGACCAGGAUCCCGCAGUGCGGUCCAUCUCGGCCCGUGCCACGGUCGCCGUGCCUCCGCGCACGAUCGAGGCGUACAACCAGGCCGUGCCGACGGACAAGUACCUGGUCGAUUGCGCUGGCGUGGACCUGACCGCGGACGGCGCCGUCCGCGCCGGCGCGGACUGCGCGUGUCCGAUCUUCCUCACGGCCACGAACACCGCUCUGGACUCGACCUCGGCGCAGCGGCGGCUCCUGGAGGAGGGCGGCCACGGACGGAUCGCGCUGUCCGAGGUCCGCGCGGCGGCGGCGCGGCACCUGGGCAUGUUGGGGGAGCUGACGCACUUGGGCAGCAUCCGACGCAACCAGGGCCUCGCGCUGGUCGACGGUGCGCCGCUGCACGGGUCGGCGCAGCGGAUGGUGCACGUCACGACGGACGGGGGCCGAUCGCUGGCCGAGCUUGCAGACGUGAGCGGGGGCAUGCGCUCAGGCGACGGGCGGGAUGGACGGUGUGUGCUUCGUAAUUUCGACCCUCCAAUCGACUGCUUCAGCGGCGACGCGACCCUCGCGACCGAGCGCGGCCUCGCCGUCCGCAUCGGCGACGUGCGCGUGGGCGACCGCGUCGCCGUCCGCGCUCCCGGCGGCGACGUGGCGCACUCGCCCGUCGUCGCCGUGUUGCACAACGAGCCGCGCGCCGUCCGGGUCAUGGUCACCGUGCGGACCGCCACCAAGGUCCUGAGCGCCACGCCCAGCCACUACAUCUACGUGCGCUGCGAGGCCUGCGCUGGCGGGCUCGAGCGCGUGCGCUUCGACGAGGUGCGCGCGGGCAUGCAUGAGGUCGCGACGGUGCAGGGCGGCGGCAAGACGUCGGGCUGGGAGGCGGUGACGUCUGUGGAGGUGGAGCGCAAGCUGGGCCUGCACGUGGUGCACACGGCGUCGGGCUGGCCGCUGCUCGUGGGCGGCGUGGCGGCGAGCGAGCUCAGCGACAACGGGCUCGAGGUGCUGUGGGUGGCCGUGCACCCGCUGGUGACGCUGCUGGCGCGCCUAUGGCCUUCGGGUGUGCAGAUGUUGUGCGACGCGCUGCUGGUGGUCGCGCACGGAGCGAGCGGCGAGACGGAGGGCUGGGCCGGGAGCACGACGAGCAGGGCGCUGUGGUGGCUGCUGCGUGCGUCGUCGCGCGCCCUGGGCGGGGGCAAGGCGUGA